ACGCCUCCGCCCCCGGACCGCCAGUCGCCGCCUGAGAAGCGCGGCCUCGGCAAGCGUGUGGGCAGCCUGAUUCGUGGCAAGCUGCACAGAAGCCACUCGACCAAGGACGGCCCCAUCCACUCGGAGACUUCGAAUGCAUCCACGUCCAGCUGGUCCUCCAGGGCAAGGCCCGAGACAGAUACCUACAUUGUCAAGACGGGCGUCGACGGGCCUGCCGAGCUCGCCACGCCCGCCGUCGACAUCCCCCGCCAGAGCAAGAGGCUAAGCACCUUUUCUCUGACACGCCGCUCGGACCGCUCCUCACGUGCAGGCUCUCCGCCCUUGUCUGGCUCCCCCAGCAGCAGAAUGUCCACUGACAAAAGGCCCGAUUUUGGCAAAAAACCCGCAUCUUCCACUGGCCUGGCAACCAUGAGCAGGCCUCGGCCAGGCAUCACUUGGGCUGGCAGCGGAACCAUCACCACGACCAAGAAGUCUGGCUUCUCGCGGCGGCGCUCCGCCAGCACAGAGCAAGUGCCGCGACUGGGCGACAAGACGGAGAAGCCGACGGCCGGCAUGCUGCCCACCUUUUCCAAGCCGGCCGCACAGGGCGUGGGCAUGAAGGCACGGCGUCUUAGCGUGAACCUGCCCGAUGAUUUCAUCAUCGACUGGUGCGAGCUGGACAAGGAGUUCAAGAGCUCGAGCCUAAUGCCUGGAAAGAGAGGGAGGAUACUAGGCAAGGGCGCGACGUCUGAAGUGCGAAUCAUGGCGCGAAGAGGAGGCAUCACCAGGGAAGAGGACUUGGUGGCGGUAAAAGAGUUUCGGGAGCGGGACAAGGAAGAGACGGAAGAAGACUAUGUCCUGAAGAUCAAGUCGGAAUACAGCAUCGCAAAGAGCCUGCACCAUCCCAACAUUGUCGAAACGGUACGCCUGUGCACGAACCGCGGCCGCUGGAAUCACGUCAUGGAGUUUUGCACGUACGGGGAAAUCUACUCGCUCGUCGAGCGCAAGCUGUUUGCCGGUGGCGCCGAAGGUUACUACAGCCGCGACGAUCGAUUGUGCUUCUUCAAGCAGCUGCUCCGCGGCGUCGACUACCUCCACAGCCACGGCAUUGCUCACCGCGACAUCAAGCUGGAGAACCUGCUCCUGAGCAAGGACGGCCAUCUGAAAAUAUCGGAUUUUGGCGUGGCCGAGGUCUUUAGCGGCGAACACCCUGGACUGCGCGCUUCUGGUGGAGAGUGCGGCAAAAACAUGGGACACAUCCGGCUUUCGGCGCCUGGCAUCUGCGGCAGUCUUCCCUACAUUGCCCCCGAAGUCCUCCAAAAGGACCAUAGCUACGAUCCACGCCCGCUCGACAUUUGGUCUACGGCCAUAGUCUAUCUGACCAUGACGUUUGGCGGUUGCCCAUGGCAGGCUGCAAAGACGGAAUUCGAGUACUACGCGAGAUUCAAGAAAGGCUGGGAUCAAUGGCUGGACGCCCAUCCUGAUGGCCAAAUCUUUGACGGCCCAGACGGCCACCCCAAGUGCGGCAAGCUGUUCAGCCUCAUAGAGCCUCCAUCGAUUAAGCGUCUGAUGCUCAAGAUGCUCCACCCCAUCCCUUCAAAGCGCAUCAUGAUUCGCGAUGUGCUCAAAACAACGUGCAUCAAGAACAUUGCCUGCUGCUGUCCAGAGUCGUAUGACGACCCCAAAAUCACUUUCGAUGCCUCCAAGGCGUCUAGCGCAAGGACAGCCGCACCCAAGAAGUAUCUACAUCACCACGUGCCUCCCAAACCAGAGAACAAGGUUGGCAAGGCAUUUACCCACCGUUUCGACAUGGGCGAACGGUAAUGACGAACCUGUGUAUAUUGACGACGAUUAUUUCCUGAUUCUAUGCAUUGGACCGGCGCGAUCACAUCGAGCAUGGCGGGACAGCGAGCGGUAAUGCUACAUACAUUGGCGGUCAUUUUGCAGCAUGGUUACCUUUUUUUGUAACUGCAUAUCAUUGUCUUUAUCUCCAGGCAGCAAACAGCGAAUGCCAUUGAGCC